AUGCCGAAUGCCAGCAAGCAGCAGGCAGCCGGGAAGCCCAAAGCCCUCAGACAGCCCUACUAUCUGAUGCACCUGACAUUGCCUGCCCUAGCAACAGGUCUUGGUGUUGGCAGAGCACAAGUAGAAGCCAUCCACCUCUGUAUAGCAUUACUGGCUGGCGCCCUUGCUCAAGUGAGCCUAUGCCCCACCAACAGCACUGUCUGGAUGGACCUGCUCUGCCAGCUAGUCUCCAGCUUUCCCUCCCCAAGGUUCACCCAUGGCUUCCAGCCCUCCUCUGCCUACUCUGCAAACUGGAAGUGA